UUCGUCAUCACACAAAGAAGAGAGAGGGGACAGAUAACACAGUCCCGGAAGAAAUGCCUCUGAAUGCUCUCCUCAUCUCUGCAUUUCCACCCAUCUCAACCUCUCCCAAUUCAAAUCCUUCAAUCCCUCCAUUUCUUCAAAUUCCAACGGCUAAUUUUCGACAGUUGAACUUUAGAACCACCACCCUCCUAUCCAACCUAGCUUCCAUUGCAAUUGCUCUUUCUCUCAGUUCUCCCUCACCUUCUCUUGCAAUCCCUUCUCUGAACUCCCAGAACCCUCUUCUCCCUCCCACCACUCCAUUCUCUCAAUCCCAGAACUUGCAGACCGGAUUGGAAGAUGGAAAAAUCAGACCGUGUCCGUCAGUGAAUCCGGGUUGCGUGUCAACAAAUCCAAAGUCGUCGUCAUUUGCAUUUCCAUGGAUGAUUCCAGAGAACGAUAGGGAUAAUUCUGCUCAGAUGUUGAAGGAUGCGAUCUUGAAAACACAGAAGAAUGCAAAGAUUCAGGUCAUUGAAGAUACCCCAUAUGGUCAAUACCUACAAGCUGAGGUGGAUGGGGGUUUUGGCCGUGACGUGCUAGAGUUCUUGAUCAAAAGGGAUGUGGUCGUAUACAGAUCGAUGGCCACAAAAGUCACAUAUGUUUAUCCAUUUACGACGGCUUUGGGCGAUUCGAAGGGCCAAGAAGAAAGGAUGAAGAAGAUCCUGGAGCAGUUGGGAUGGUAUGGGCCCAGUUUCGAUUACAUGGACUGAUUAGUGAUUAUCCAUAUUCGAUUCCAUUUCAUGUUUGGAUCACAUUCAUUGAAACAAUAUCCAAUCAAAUAGAAUUUGUAGUAUGGUAGCUUUCUAUGAAGUUAUCAUCAUGUAAAGAGCUUUCAGAUUGGAAGAUCCUAGCCACUAAUCUUGGGCCCUUUUUUUU